UUGAGUGUAAUUGAUAAACUUUUGACUAAUGCUUAGGGAAACAGCUCUUGAAGCCGACAUCGCCGACAGACUACUGGCAAGGAGGGAUUGGUGAUAUUUGGCAAAUAAGUAAGGGGGGCUUCCUUUUAUCACGUCUAAAAGCCCCGCUGCCGAUCUUAGGUAAUGACCAUGUUCCUCAAUGGAGAAAUGUAAAUAGCUCGCUGUGUUUGGAUUAACGCUGCUCCAACAUCCGGGUCGCUUUGUUCACUCCAUCACUUUGCUCCCUGUCGGUUCGGUGUGUAGGUGUUUGAUUCAAUCUGUUUUUGAAGUUUCUGAGAUAGAGAGAAAUCAGAGAGUCCUGACCAUGUUUUACCCACAACAAAUGCUAAGUGUUAUUAUUGCUGGAUUCAUAUCUGUCAAAGCACAAGCCAUCCAGCCCAUCAACGUAACAGGAGCAGCCGGGACUCAGGUUACCCUGCCAUGUCAAGUCAGAAAUGUCGGCCUAUAUGAUAGUGUUGUGUGGCAAGGGUCCUAUCAAGAACCAAUAUCGGUCAACGACAGAAUAGUAGCCAUGGAAUCAAUGAAAUACGAAAUCAAACAAAAGCACAGUGGUGACUGGAGUCUGACCAUAUCCAAUCUAAAGUCCUCGGACCAAGCAAGAUACACAUGUAUGAAGGGUGCAACAGAAGUCCAGGUUGUGGACCUUUGGAUCAAAGCACCGCCACGCAUACUGGACCAGAACAAGACAAUCGAUUCGUUUGUGGGGGAGACCGUCAUGCUUCGUUGUCAGGUCACGGGGAUCCCCCCACCCCAGGUCAAGUGGUACAAGGAAAUCAUGGACAGCGGAGAAACAAUUCGUGAAGACCUCGGAAUAACAGGCGCCUAUUUCUCUUUGACACUGACUGAGGACUCUGGAGGAAUUUACAUCUGUCAGGCAGAUAAUGGAAUUCAACCCAAGGCAGACAGACACUUCCGCAUCAGUGUUGAAUUAAUGCCAAUCAUAACAGUGUCGAUGAAACAAAUAAAACAAGAGCAAGGGAGACCUACCAAGCUACAAUGUAUGGUAGAAGGACAUUCUCUGGGUAAAGUAAAGUGGUUUUACAAGGGGAGGCGAAUUGUAAGAGACGAUCGAAUCACCUUCUCCGCUCACAAUACCUCAUCCAAUGUCGUCACCUACUUCAUGGCCAUCCAAUCUCUGGAGUCGGGGGACUUCGGUAUUUACACCUGUAAGGUGUCCAACAAUGCUGGAAGUGCAGAGGCCCAGGUUGAACUCGUUGAAACACUUCCAGAGAUAAAAGCAACAAGAUGUGAGAAACUGAACAAUGAACACUGUGUUGGCAUUCUACAGUCCAAUUUCACAUUGUUUCCGAACAGUCGAGGGGACAAAACUCAAGAAGAAGCUUCAGUAAUGUUUGAACAAUCUUUCGUCGUAGUCAAAAGUACGUGUAGUAAAUACUUGCUGCCGUUUCUCUGUGGGACCUACUUCCCGCCUUGUGUCAAUGACAGCAUUAUUCCACUGUGUCCCUACCUCUGUGACCACAGUCAAGCCGGCUGUAUGGAAUCAUUUAAGAAAUACGGAACCACGUGGUCAUAUAACUGUAUAGACUCUUACCAUCAGCUUAACAAAAGCAAAGAAUGUUUAGGAUUCAGUGGGGUCGAAAAAUUAGCUCCAUAUAUCAAAGUAACUGAUGUGUCUGACGACCAAGUUCUACAAAAAGGAGACAAACUAAAUUUACACUGCAACUUCAUAUCUAAUACUGAGUAUACCAUUAAAUGGUACAAGAUCAGCAAGAAUUCGUACAUCUCUCGACCGGAGAAAAACGAAGUUGGAAGCGAGGAAAAUUAUGCAAUAGGAAGCGUAAAGGACGCUGAUGCUGGAGUGUAUGUUUGUGAAGCUUCGAACACCGCGGGAGUGACAGAUUCAAGAAAUAUAACGGUGGACGUAGAAUUCGCUCCUAAAGUGACCAUUCAGCCAGAGGUGGCUCUAAUGACCGGACUGGACAUGAUCCUUAAAUGUGACGUUCAAGGAAAUCCCCCGCCAAUCGUCACAUGGAGCAAAGGGGCCAGAAAGUUGCCCACGGGGCGACAGAUGCACACUAAAUACUCUUUUACUUACACAUUGAAACUAGCAGAUAUGAAUGUAGCCCAUUUAGGGAAAUAUAACUGUUCUGCUACAAAUAUUCUAGGCAGUGACUUUGGAAUAACAUCAGUUAAAGAUUAUGGGAAACCAAUGAAAACAUCAAAGCCAGAAGUUAUUUCAUCAAAUUCAACAACUAAUACAACACCACAAGAAACUCGGCCAGAAACUCGGCCAAAUAGGGAGAGCAGCACGGCGCAAAUAGCUGGGGAAAAAUCGAGAGAGAGCCAGGCUGUUACGAAUCAAUGUCAGACUUCAUAUUUGUUCUUCUCUUUAUUACUAACUAUAUUUACAAUGAAAGUAUUACAUCACUAACAAUCUAUACAUGAAAUUAUUCCACAAGUGCCAUAUAUUACACAAAUAUCACGUCCUUCGUGCGUUGUACAAAUUUUUAUCUAAUUUAAUCAUUACGACUUUUGCAUAGUUAAUGCAUUGCAUAUAAAUACAUGAAGUAUUAGACAUGGUCGUUCAUACAUGUACUUGUACAUUCGUUCUGUCAUGUUGUAAAUUUUGAAUUUACCGAGUGUACGUAAAUACAAAAUUUACAAGUUAGUUGUCAUGUUGUACAUUUUGUAUUUACUGCCACCAGAUAAAUUCAAAAUUUACAACAUGACAGUUCAUUAAGUAUAAGCUACAUUGCAUUGUAUACAUUGCUUAAUCAGAACAAAGUACUCAUCUGUAAAUAUUACAUUAGAAAAAUGUUAUUUUGUCAUGUUCCUUUUCAUUCAUGAAAUGUUUUUCAGUUUAAACCAGGGUCAAAUAAUCUGUGCCUACAUUGUCCAUUUGACUGUUCAUUAUACUGUUUACUAUCUACAUGUAUACAAACAAAAACAAUAGCCAUGUACAUGUAUUCCUUUUUCACCAUCUGCCAUAUUUAUACGACUGUGAUGCUAUUCAGUUUAUAAAAUGAUUUUAUUUUUGUCCUUUAACUUGUAUUAUUUUGUAUAUAUACCAUGAAUUGUUUUACAUUUGUAUAUCCUAAAGGGUAUUAUUCGUCAACGUAUUGAUGAAAUAUUUAGAAGCAAUUUAAUUUAAGUCAGUACUCACUUAAUGUCAUUCAUGCAUGUAUGUAAAGAAAACGAAUUUGGAAUGUCAGAUUCAUUUAGCAUUUCUUGUGGAGUUACAAAAUUCUUAAUAUAAAAUCUUUUAACAAGUCUUACAA